UACGAAAGUGCAGUACUUGUCCAGCUCUAUACAUAACCAUGCCUUCCAACUGGCCUCGGCGAGAUUAUCUUCACUUUCUGAUUACUCUCUUUCUCAUGGGAACCUGGCUCCAACUUGUCACCAUAGUCUUGAUCUACAUUCAUGCUCUCUCGAAAAUAUUCUCAAGAUCACCGAUCCCUCAGCCCGACUUGAUCGCCAUGUUCGUAUACCUCUUUGCUGCCGGUGUCAUCGUCCAGCUCUUUAGCGCCUAUUCAAUUUGCAAGGAUGGCUUCAUCUGUGCGGAUCCUCACCGUCCUCACCAUCCUGAGCCUUCUACGGACAAUUAACGCUUUGAAUUACUUUCCUGCUGCUUGGACUGUGAUUUGGAACGUACCCCUUCGUGUUUCCAAUAAAUGGGGCAACAAAGGGACAUCCUUAUUGACUGCUGGACUUGGUGUCUGGACCCACAUAUACGAUAUCAUCAAGAACUGUAAGCAGCAAGAUGGAACCCCAGUGGAUGGUCUCGAUUGUGCCCACUCUGUCAUCGUAUCUCUCUUCAGCUGCGGACUCGCAGCCAUGUCAUAUGAAACAAUUGCAGCUUGGACUAAGCGGGACACAAUAAAUGCCGAUACUAUACUAGAUCGGAUACCGAAUUACAUCAAGAUCACUGAUAUGAAAGUGUUUUGGGAACCCAUCAUUGCGAAUACCUCUAGCCCAAGCCACAGACGCAGAGAGCUUCAUGCUCGAGAGGCCCCCAUCGACGUUUACUAUAAUGGCAGCAUGCCGUUCGUUCACCUUUAUCAUGCAUCACAACUCGUCGGACGGCAUCACAACCUUUCCAAUAUUUUUCGCAACAGAUGGCCACAGUGCAGAAAUUGGUGGCAUUUCCCUGAUCGAUGGCAAUGACACACUGUCUGCCAGGAACGGUAUAAAUGGAUACAACUAUCUUUACACUGGCGGAGUGUAUAUAGAGGGUAACUCCGACCCAGUGUGCUUGUGGAACGAUGUCGCGGGAUGGUUAUACUCGUUGAAUCCGGACACUGGAGUGAGCGUCCUAAACGACCUCAUACCCUUCACGCAAAAUUUUGCAAUGCUUGGACAUGCUUUCAACUACGAAGCAAAUGGUUAUCUGGACGGUCAAUUUGCGGUACUGGGAAUGACGACUCCAGUUCCUACUGACUGGCUAAUGGGAUGGAACUGGUGUUUUGGAGUGAA